UGACUUCUUAGCUCCUCGAGUUAUAAAUUAAAGCUAAGAUGGCGAGUCUAAGUGCCACUCCUUCGCCUUAGCGCACAAAUUUUUAUCGUCGUAGCAACUGUGCAGCCAUGUCCUCCGGUGACACUAAACUCUCCCACGUCGUCCUCAUCCCGAGCUCCGGCAUGGGCCACCUCAAUCCGAUCGUCCGCCUUGGCAAAGCACUUUCCGACCGCGGCAUCUCCAUCUCCCUCCUGAUCGUCCGCCCCACCAUAACCGCCGCCGAAUCCAGCCUCCUCUCCUCCCUCCCAUCAUCCCUUCUCAUUGACUUCCCUCUCGCCCCAUUUGACCCUUCUCUCUUCCCCGAGUCCUCAGACCCCGUCACGCUCCGAUGGGAAGCCAUUCGCCGCUCCGCCCACCUCCUUCCUUCUCUCAUCUCUACAUUAUCACCACCAGUCUCAUCCCUCAUCAUAGACAUCACCAUCGCCUCCACCUUUCUCCCAGUGGCUGUCGCCGCAAACAUUCCUUGCUUCGUCUAUUUCGUCUCGUUUGCUUCCAUGCUCGCUCUCUGUUCUGUUUCCCCCUUCAUUCCCCAUCCCAUCAGUACUGACGUCAACAUCGCCGGUGGCGUUCUCAAGAUUCCAUAUUCCUCCAUCAUGUCGCCCCUCCGAGACCCGAACCACCUCUUCACCACCCAAUUCAUAGAGAACGGUCGGGCACUUACUCUGGCGAACGGUGUCAUCGUUAAUACAUUUUUAGCCUUGGAGCCCGAAUUGCUCGCUGCGUUCAAUGCCGGCGAGGUCGUUCCCGGAUUCCCGCCGGUGAUUGCUUUAGGCCCUUUACCUCUCGAAAUAAAACAGCCAUCUUCCCACUCGCCAGCGCUAAGGUGGCUUGAUGAACAGCCGGAGAAGUCAGUGAUUUACGUGAACUUCGGAAGCGUCGCGGUACUGUCGAUGGAGCAAAUCAGAGAAUUGGGGGCUGGGCUGGAGAUGAGCGGGUGCCGGUUUUUCUGGGUGGUGAAAACCGCGAAGGUGGACAGAGAGGAGAAGGCGGUGGAUAUUGAUGAUUUAUUGGGAGAAGGAUAUGUGAAUAGAGUGAAAGAGAGGGGAUUGGUGGUGAGGGGGUGGGUAGAGCAGGAUGUUGUUCUCGUUCACCGUGCGGUAGCCGGAAUCUUGUGCCACACUGGGGCGAAUUCGGUGAUGGAGGCGGUCGUGGCCGGGUUGAAGAUGCUCGCAUGGCCAAGAGGGGCAGAUAAUAGAGUUGUUGCGGCGUUGGUGCCGAGAAGUGGCUUGGGAAUAUGGCCGGAAAACUGGCCGUGGGAGGCCGAAGAAAGAGUCGUUGCUGCGGAGGAAAUUGCGGUGAAGGUGAGGGAGUUCAUGGCUGAUGAAAAGUUGGCGGAGACGGCGGCGAAGCUUGGUGCGGCGGCCACUGCGGCGGUUCAGGAAGGCGGGACCUCGGAUCAGAGCUGGCGCUAUUUGAUAACAAAACUUAAAGAUAAGAUUGCGAGUCCUAAGUGCCACACAUACUUUUACCGUCGUAGCAACUGUGCAGCCAUGUCCUCCGGCAACACUAAACUCUCUCAGGUCCUCCUCAUCCCGAGCUCCGGCAUGGGCAAUCUCAAUCCGUUCGUCCGACUCGCCAACGCACUUUCCGACCGCGGCAUCUCCAUCUCUCUCCUGACCGUCCACCCCACAAUAACCGCAGCCGAAUCCAGCCUCCUCUCCUCCCUCUCAUCAUCCCUUCUCAUUGACUUCCCUCUUGCCCCAUUUGAACCUUCUCUCUUCCCCGAGUCCUCAGACCCCAUCACACUCCGAUGGGAAUCCAUUCGCCGCUCCGCCCACCUCCUUCCUUCUGUCAUCUCUACCAUAUCACCACCAGUCUCACCCCUCAUCAUAGAUAUCACCAUCGCCUCCACCUUCCUCCCAGUGCCUGUCGCCGCAAACAUUCCAAUGAGCACUGCCGAUUCGUCAGGCAACAACUCCUCCGUCUCCUCUCAAAACCCGGCGAAGAUGGGUGGUGCCAUUAUUCCACCACAACUCAAGUUUCUGAUACUCAAUAUGAAGUCGGUGAUGAAUACUCAACUGACUUCAAAUAAUUAUCUCCUCUGGAAAUCUCAAGUGCUCAAGCUCUUUACUGCGAACGGGUUUGACGGAUGCUUGGACGGAACGACACCAAAACCGGAAAAACACAAUCAAAAUCUAUCAGCUGCUUUGUAUUCUGUGAUUUCACAAAGUCUCUUGCCAUAUAUUUUGAAUCUGGAAACCUGUGCGGAUAUCUGGAAAACGAUCGAACGACGUCUGCAAUCGUCGAAUCGUUCCAGACUACUCCAGUUAAAGAACGAGUUGCAUCACGUCACCAUGAAAGAUAGAACUAUGUUGCAGUAUCUUUCUGAUAUUAAGAGCAAAUGUGACGCGAUAGCUUCCUUCGGCACUCCAUUAGACCCCAAAGAUGUUAUCAUGUAUACUUUGAAUGGACUGCCUCCGGGUUACCAGGCAUUUAAAGCCUAUAUUAGAGCGAAUAUGCAGCCAAUCAAUAUAGAUGAAUUUUAUGCCUUGUUAUGCAGUGAAGAACUCAACAUUGCUGUUGAACGUGCUUGUGAAAAUCAGUUGCUUCCGUCUACCGAUCCUCAGCUUGCUCUGGCUGCCUCCCACGGUCGUGGCUGUUUUCGCUCUAACAGAGAUGGCACUAUUGCAAGAAACAAAGCAUGUUUAGUGGCUCAAGGUUUUAAGCAAGAGUAUGGCUUAGAUUACUUGGAGACAUUUAGUGUGGUUGCAAAGUUUCCAACUAUACGCAUUCUUCUUACAGUUGUCGUGACACACAAGUGGAAGAUUCUACAAUUAGACGUUUCGAAUGCGUUUCUUCAUGGAGAUCUUCAAGACACAGUGUAUAUGUCUCAACCAAUUGGAUUCGUUGAUCCAUUGCUACUGAAUCAUUCACUACCAACCGGUCUUUCUCUCUCUCAGGCAGCCUACGCAUCCAACAUCAUCUCACGGGCUGGCAUGGACUCUUGCAAGCUGCUUCAAACGCCAAUGGCUAUUAAGGCUGAGUCUUCUUCUAACAGUGAACAACCAUUUCACAAUCCCGAGCUGUAUAAACAUCUGGUGAAGAAACAGCAUACGGUUGCUCGGUCCUCUACGGAUGCCGAGUAUAGAUCUUUAGCCACUGCGGCUGCUGACAUUUUAUGGUUGAGACGACUUUUGCUCGAGUUUGACAUUUCAAUCAAUGACCCAACUACCCUCUACUGUGACAACAUUUCAGCAAUCUCUUUAGCAAAUAAUCCAUACUCCAUCCCACCGCCCCUCCGAAACCCGAACCAUCUCUUCACCACCCAAUUCAUAGAGAGCGGUCGUGCACUUACUCUGGCGAACGGUAUCAUCCUUAAUACAUUUUUAGCCUUGGAGCCCGAGUUGCUCGCUGCGUUCAAUGCCGGUGAGGUCGUUCCCGGAUUCCCGCCAGUGAUUGCUUUAGGCCCUUUACCUCUCGAAAAAAAACAGCCAUCUUCCCCCUCGCCAGCGCUAAGGUGGCUUGAUGAACAGCCGGAGAAGUCGGUGAUUUACGUGAACUUCGGAAGCCGCUCGGCGAUGUCGAUGGAGCAAAUCAGAGAAUUGGCUGGGCUGGAGAUGAGUGGGUGUCGGUUUUUCUGGGUGGUGAAAACCGCGAAGGUGGACAGAGAAGAGAAGUCGGUGGAGAUUGAGAAAUUAUUUGGAGAAGGAUAUGUGAAGAGAGUGGAAGAGAGGGGGUUGGUGGUGAGAGAGUGGGUAGAGCAGGAUGUUGUUCUUUUUCACCGUGCAGUGGCCGGAUUCUUGAGCCACAGUGGGUCGAAUUCGGUGACAAAGGCGGCCGCGGCCGGGUUGAGGAUGCUCGUAUGGCCAAGAGGGGGAGAUCAAAGGGUGAUUGCGGCGUCGGUGCGGAGAAGUGGGCUGGGAAUAUUGAUGCGGAGCAUCUUUGACACGAUGAGAUGCAGGAGUAUUAUACCCAGCCAUGUGCCUGUUUCAGGGACGUUCCACUUCCUUAUUACUUUAUUGCAGUUUUUAGGCCGUUAG